AUGCCGAGCAUCCGCGACGCCACCGAGCAGCUCGAGGGCGCGCCGCGCUUCUGCCCGAUCUUCGAGCUCAGCCAGUUUCACACGCAGCAUGGGGCGGAGUUCGCCGCGUACUGGCGGCAGCUGUCGCAGGAAGACCGCGCCUCGCACCUGAGUCACGCACUGCCACACCUCCCGGAGAGCCUCCGUUCGUGCUCAAUUUUCCACGCGGCCCUUUACCCGGACGCCACCAAGGCGUAUCUCCUCUCGGACAACGGCGAGAAGCUCCUCGAGCUCAUGCGGGACCGGGGCGACCUCGAAUGCAAGCAUCUCCCGGAACUUCCAGCGGAGCUGUUCGACGUCGUCGAAAGCCUCCACGCGGGCGCGCGGCCGUGGAAUGUGCCCCUGCUGGACCCCACCAGCGUCCUCUUCGCCGAGGUCAAGCACUUCCGCGCGUGGACCCUCCACGUCCACGACCUCCGCGUCUGCCAGCGCGCCCUCGCCCCCGCCGGCCCCCUCCCGCGCGCGCACCCCCUCGACCUGUACAGCGGCGGCAUGGUGGGCGAGGGACACUUUUUCAAGCUCGACCCCAGCGUGUCGCCGGAGACCCGGUCCAAGAUUGAAGCGACGGGGCUGAUCGCGCAGGCCGACGUGGCCGCCCUGCUGCCGAAGCGCAUCGUCGGCCUCUGCAACAUGCUGAUGCACGUCGCCGGCGCGUACAUGCGCUGCUGGCGGCCCGCGGAGGGCAAGGCGCCGGCCAGCACGCCCGCCGUGCAGGAGCACCCGCACCCCGCGGGGGAACUGAACCAGCUGGAGCGGUUCUGGCACUCGGGCGCGCGCGAGGCCUUCGAGCAGUUCUGGGCGGAGCUCCCCUCGGACGCGUGGCGCCAGCGGCAGCUGCGCGGGAUCCUGCGCGCCGAGCAGCAGCAGCGCCUGGCGCGCGGCGGCGAGCUGCUGCUGUCGAUGCGGCGCUGCCUGCGCGCGGCGCACGACCCGGGGUCGGACCACGCGGCGCUCGAGGAGGAGGCGGCGGGGUACGUCGCGGCGGCCCGGCGGUUCGCGCGGGAGUGGACGCGGGGCCCGAACGACGUGCUCGCGCGGCUGGUGGGGCCGGACAUGCGCAUGCCGCGCGUGUGCCUGCAGUGCGGCGUGAGCCCGGAGUUCCAGCGGGAGCGGGGCGUGCUGAUGCGGUGCGGGCACUGCAAGCUCGCCGAGUACUGCUCCCCGGAGUGCCAGGAGCGGCACUGGGAGCGGCACGCGGCGCGCUGCGCGUGCUGGGGCGCCCUCGCCGACGCGGCGGAGGAGGGGGCGGACACGCCGUGGAUGGUGCAGCAGGCGCGGGCGAUCGCCCUGGCCGCCCGACUCCGCGACCGGAGCUUCUUCCCGCCCGACUGA